UUCAGUUGAGCAGUUAACUAAAUGAAGUUUGAAAAUAAUUUAAGUUCAAAGGAAAUAACUGUUAAUUAUAGAAGAACACGGUUUAUUUUUCUACAUUCAUUAUAACAUAAUAAAUAUAUCAAAGAUACUCAAUACAACGAGCAUGUCUCAUAAUCAUUGUUUCGAGCUGAAUGAAAUCCGGAUUUUGGAUAAAAUUUUGAGGCAAUGUGAAUAUUAUAUUUCAAACAAUGGCAUGCAACAAGCACCACAAGCUCGUAAUAAAAAAGUGUGCCUCAAGGCAAACAAUUUCAACGAAUUGCUGUUGAAUAAUAACUUGAAUAAAUUUGUAGAAAAAGAACUAUUUUCAUUUAUGUGUAAGCUCAGGAAAAUGGACAAGAAAACCAUAUUUGUUUCGGAUAUCCUAAUUAAUUCCGGAAUAUUUACGGAAGGUUAUGACUACAAUAAGUAUUCGUUAAAUUCCAAGAACCACAUAAAUGUUAAUCGAUUUAUUUACCACAAAAUUGCACGAAAAGAUGAAAGUGAAAAUAUAACAUAUAAAAAGGUAAAAAAUAAAUUAAGUGAACAACAUUCUGACAAGAUUAUAUAUGAAACCACCAAUUGUUUGGUUGCUGAAAAUAUAAGCAAAAGUAAGAAACACUUUUCGUCAUUAAAUAAACAUAAUAGCGAUGAUACAAAUAGUGGAAAUCAGUGGAAUGUUUAUGACGGUAACUGUAUGAAAUGUGAAGAAAGAAACAUUAAAUGUAAUUUACACACCUCCGAGACCCCAAUUGAGAAAGAUAAACUUCAAAAGAAUAACACUUUUUAUGGCAAUGAUUUGACGUGUAACAAACGAAAAGACAGAAUACAUAGCCAAGCAAAUGUGUUUGAGAAGACUAUAUCAUACGAUAGUGUUCGAUCAAAAAUAUCAUCUCAAAACUUUAUAAAGAAAAAAAUCCCUCAGAGACUUUCAAAGGAGCACACCGACGACAUUCCUGAUAAAGAACCUCUCCUUGGGCCAAAGCCACUAAAAUUGCCAGAUUCGGUGGAGGCAGUACUUUCAUUAGGUUCAACGAUUUUACCGGAUAAAAAGAUUGAUAACACAGAAUAUCACAAAUGGACGAUAUUACAUUAUUCGCCAUUCAAGGCCGUUUGGGAUUGGAUAAUAUUGAUACUUGUAAUAUAUACUGCAAUAUUCACACCAUAUGUGGCCGCAUUUUUGCUUGGAGAGCCGGAUUAUCAAAGACGAACAAACAAAUAUAUUAACAGUGAUCCACUUGUUAUUGUCGAUUUAAUCGUUGAUGUUACUUUUGUAAUUGACAUAAUCAUAAAUUUUCGAACCACAUUCAUUGACGGACAAGAUGAGGUGGUCUCGCAUCCUGGACGUAUUGCGGUUCACUAUUUAAGUGGGUGGUUUCUAAUUGACUUAGUGGCUGCAAUUCCAUUCGAUUUACUGCUAGUCGGAAGUGACACAGAUGAGCUCGGCUUGGAUAAUGAAGAGACAACCACACUAAUAGGAUUGCUCAAGACUGCACGAUUACUACGACUCGUGAGGGUAGCUAGGAAAAUAGAUAGAUACUCCGAAUAUGGCGCAGCUGUAUUGGUUCUUCUCAUGGCAACAUUUGUACUGAUCGCCCACUGGCUAGCCUGUAUUUGGUAUGCUAUAGGCAAUGCGGAGAGAACUCUGUUAACAAAAAACAUUGGAUGGCUGCAUUCGCUAGGAAAUGAUAUUCAAGAACCAUACUUUGAUAAUAACACUGGUGGACCGACAAUUAAGUCUAGGUACAUUACAGCGCUCUAUUUUACAUUUACAUCAUUAACCUCUGUUGGAUUUGGAAAUGUUGCUCCAAAUACUGACGCCGAGAAAGUGUUUACAAUAUGUGUAAUGCUUGUAGGCUCUCUUAUGUAUGCGAGUAUAUUUGGAAAUGUUUCUGCAAUAAUACAAAGACUUUACUCGGGUACUGCCAGGUAUCAUACACAAAUGUUGAGGGUGCGUGAAUUUAUUAGAUUUCAUCAGAUUCCAAAUCCACUUAGACAGCGAUUAGAGGAGUAUUUUCAGCACGCUUGGUCUUACACGAAUGGUAUCGAUAUGAACUCUGUUCUAAAGGGGUUUCCAGAAUGCCUUCAAGCCGAUAUUUGUUUGCACUUAAAUAGAAAACUGCUAACAACGUGUUCGGCUUUUUCGGGAGCUAGUCCCGGUUGUCUGAGAGCACUCUCUUUAAAAUUCAAGACCACUCAUGCACCACCUGGAGACGUUUUAGUGCAUAAAGGAGACGUUUUAACAUCAUUAUUUUUCAUAGCAAGGGGUUCAAUAGAGAUACAGAGAGACAACAACACCGUGGUAAUUCUAGGUAAAGACGACAUUUUCGGAGAAAAUCCUUGUAACUAUGCAACCAUAGGAAAAUCAAAUGGCAAUGUUCGUGCUCUAACGUACUGUGACAUACAUAAAAUUCACAGAGAUGAUCUGUUAGAUAUAUUAGACUUAUAUCCAGAGUUUUCGGAGAGUUUUGCAAAUAAUCUUAUUUUAACAUAUAAUAUGCGGGAUGACUUUCAAGCUGGUGUCGAAGUAAAACAUAGAUAUUUACGAGCAAAAUCUCUAGAUAGAGAGAGAAGUACCAGUGAUAUAACAUCUAUACGAAUUUUUGGCAUUCAUCAAAAAAAUAAAUCAAAGGGCAAUUCCGGUCCAACAAAGACUCAAAACAAAGAAUCGUUUAAUGAUGGGAAGGAUCCCUCGAAUUAUCAGUUUGAUAUUCAAAACAAAGAUGAUGUUGAUAACAUCCACGCACUUUAUAAAAAUACAAAAUAUAGACCAGCUUCUCUUAAUCGAAAUAACUUGCCAAAAAAUAAUCUUCAAGAAAAUAGCAAAAAUCAUAAAAUUAAAUAUAUAAAUGAAAUGAACUUAUCCACAUUCGAGAAGCAAAAACAAAGGGCCACUUGGCUUCGUCAACAUAAAUUAAGCAAUAGCACUGCGCAAGGAAAGAUCUUACAGGAUGCCCCUCUAUAUAUGGAUCAGCAAAGGACUGCUGCUCAAUCAAGGGAACCUGUGAAAUGCAACAUUUUUUCUGAAAAGGCUUUACCUACGCCAAAUGCCACUAUCGCCACUACAGAGUCGUGGGAUGAACUUGAUAGUGUUUGAUUGAGUGUAAUUGUUUCAAUUAUUUGAGGAAAAAAAUAACAUAAUUAAUAGCAUAAAAUUUAUCUGAAAAUAACAUAUUCGCAAGUCCUCCACGUUCAAAAAGGUGUUUGUUUUUGUUUUGUUGGACACGACUACUAAUUAUAUUAAGUAAUGAUUAUCAACAAAGUAUGACCCCGGAAAAUGCGUUGAGUUUUCGAUUCCCCAGGAUUGGGUAAUGGAACCACUAUGACGACAUUCGGAAUAGGAUAUUUUACGAGUGUUUAACGGAAAGUUAAGAUCCUUGGUGUAAUAGUGAGGAGAUAGUUGGCAGUUAGUGGUGCUUGUUUCUGCUGUACGCAGUCUUGUUGUAUGUUUGGGUUACCAGUCCUUGGCGGGUAAAAAAAUCCGGGUCCGGUAACGAAUUGGCAUCUUAAGGCCAGAACAAGCCAUAAUUUUAGUAUGUCAGAAUCUAGCUUGGGUUAGUAGGUGUUUAAUCGUCCAUAAGCACUGCCUUCUUGAGAAUAUAAGGUUGUGUGAGAAUAUAAGUUCGUUGUUAACCAGUUCUGCGAUACGGGAAGGGUAAUACGACCAAGGGAUAUUAUUUCGGCGACGUAAACCUGGUUGGAUCGGUAAGUCAUAAGCUGUUGGCGAGUGACGAGUGUAGAAAGUGUGUGUAUAUUGGGGUUGGCUUGCAAAAAACUGGAUAAAGUGUGGAAGAGGAGAGAAAUAAUCAAAAACAACGCAAUGGAUGAGUCGAUUAUUUAUAAAAAAUGGACCCAUAUAUUAUUUAUCUCUAUCCGUAAAGGAUGUUGCCGAUGGACGUCCGAAACCGUUCCCAGGACAGUCGGUUCUACGUUACCGGAGCGGUCCCAGAUUUUUAUCCAGCCAAGGAAUGUCAAAUCGGCUGCAUUCUUUCACUAAAUGGAUUACCUUUGUCCUAAGCGCUUGAUAUUGUUAAAUAUCCCGUUUUUGCUGCGGUAGCGGUAAUACGUAAAUACCCCGUUUUUUACCAUCCCUAGUAUAUAUCAUUAUAGUUUAUGAUCAUACGAAACAUACUGUAGCUCUUCAUAUUCCAUUUUAACG